CAUCGCAGCUCCUUUACUGUCUUUAACCAACUGAAACCGACCUUUGCGGAGUGAGUCAUUUGAGCACUGGGGGAAAAAAGUGUAAAAUGGCCCCGUUGCGAUGUGAAAGCCCGAUUGAUUUGCUUCCAGAGGAGCUGCUGUGCAUGAUAUUCGAUCUACUAGAACUGGAGAACGUGAAAGAUGCGUCCUGCACUUGUCGUAGAUGGCACGAUAUCAUCUUCUUCAGUGACUAUAUCAAACGAUUUCAGUUUAAGCUUGCAGUCCCCUUUUUAACAGAUAAAAAACCCGUGUGCCAGAAGACGUUGCAGUACAUUGAGCAGCACAUAGAUGCUGUGAAACAUACUCAGCGUUGCUAUCGAAAUAUGAACCUAACCAUAAAACGCACAGAUGCUGACGUUCAAUCAUUCUGGAACAUACUGCACCCGAAAAUCACGAAAAAUAUCCGGACGCUGAAGUUAACCUUUUGGAGUUACUGUACGAAAUCUGCGGUGGAAGCAAUUCUCAAGGAAGUAAACGAGAUGCCGGCGCUACGAUCGUUCGUAGUUCACGCUUAUCAUUUACCUUUAUCUUUCCUUACCAUAAAGAGUGCCACUGUUGACCAUUUAGAGAUGGAUAGUUGGUGUCAUUUCUCCUUUGAUAUACCACAAUUACGAACAUUUGUAGGACCACUGCGUGCACUUACUCAACCGGAUCAACCGCUGGUAUUCACUUACCUGAAGCGUCUCGUGCUGACGGACUGUGCAGUGCAAUUGAAAGGCAGAUGCAAGCUUAAUCGGUUGACACAAGUGGAGACACUGGAACUAGCCAUUCACGACAUAGAAGAUUGGCUUCUCCCUGCAAUACAUGACAAGUACACGGCACUUAGGCAUCUGUAUUUUUGUACCUUUCUGCGCAAUGUAGAUAUUGCUAUCUUAAGACAGCUUUCCAAGUUCACUCUGCUUCGUCAUCUAACAUUUAGAGCGAUCCAAAUGAAAGAUCGUUUCCCACUUGAUAUUGACUUUGGCCUAUCGGAGCUAACCGAACUAGAGCUACUGGAUCUGGGAUCGGACGUUUUGCUGGAUCGCAACUUAAUGCGCCUCCCUAAGUCGAUCAAGUAUCUUACUCUGCAAAUUACGAGUACGAACGAAGAAGUAGUUAUCGAGACCAUUAGCCGCAAUUUGACAGGGCUGCAAAAGUUACAUUUGAUUUACCAAUGCAAUCCUUAUGUUGAAGUACCUAAGCAAACAAUGAAGUCAAUUUGUCUUUUGAAGCAACUGGAGGUACUGGUGUUUGAAUUUGCAAAAUUCACGGAGUCAGUUUUCCUUGAUGUGGAAGCUCCGAUGUAUCAAAUGCGUGAACUGCUGUUCGCAUUUUGUGAAUCAGAUCGCGAUCUCGUUCUUGAAUGGAGGCAAAUAUUUCCCAAUCUGAAGACGAUUCAGUUUCCACUGAGUUCUCCAAUGUUCUGUUUCCGUAAGGAGAUUCAAUUGGAUUCAUUAUAAAAAAAAGGCAAAAUAAAUAUUUGAAACUAGAUGAGUUCUGUGUUAUAUUUCGAGUUUAGCAGACAGCAAGACGCAUGUGAAGAGGAAAUCCACCAGUACAAUAAAAUGAUGAAUGGUUCGU